UUUGCGUCCGCCGCGCCCUCCUCCCUCCUCCUCCCUCCGCUCCCUCGCUCCGCCUUGCCUGGAUCAGCCCUCUGGUAUUUCCUGCUGCUCAGCGACAGCUGAGCCCCUCGCGGGCCCAGUGCGGCCGGGCCCCGGCCGUAGCACUAAGCGCAACCAGCACGAAGCCCCCCAGCACCCACACCAUGAAGGAGGAGGCCUUUCUCCAGCGCCGCUUCUCACUGUGUCCACCGGCCUCUACUCCACAGAAGACUGACCCCCGGAAACUCCCACGGAACCUGCUUCUGGGCUGUGAAAAUGAGCUGGGGCCCAUAACCCCAGGGAGGGACAUGGAGUCCAACGGCCCAUCCCCACCCAGAGAUGAAGAACCCCUGACCCCAGGCUCUGCCACGAAGGUGCCACCGGCCGAGUACAGGCUAUGCAACGGAUCUGACAAGGAAUGUACCUCCCCAACGACCAGAGUCUCCAAGAAGGACACUCUCAAGGCACAGAAGGAGAGCUACCGACAGGAGAAGAAGCGGGCCACGAAGCAGCUGUUCAGUGCCCUGACUGACCCCAGUGUGAUCAUCAUGGCUGACAGCCUGAAGAUCCGAGGGACCCUGAAGAGCUGGACGAAGCUGUGGUGUGUGCUGAAGCCAGGCGUGCUGCUCAUCUACAAGACGCCGAAGGUGGGCCAGUGGGUGGGCACGGUGCUGCUGCACUGCUGUGAGCUUAUCGAGCGCCCCUCCAAGAAGGACGGGUUCUGCUUCAAGCUCUUCCACCCGCUGGACCAGUCUGUGUGGGCUGUAAAGGGCCCCAAAGGUGAGAGUGUGGGCUCCAUCACCCAGCCCCUCCCCAGCAGCUAUCUGAUCUUCAGAGCCGCCUCGGAAUCAGACGGCCGCUGCUGGCUAGAUGCUCUGGAGCUGGCCCUGCGCUGCUCCAGCCUGCUGCGACUGAGCACGUGCAAGCAGGGCCGAGAUGGGGAGCAGGGGUCCUCACCUGAUGCCUCACCCUCUUCUCUCUAUGGGCUGCCCACUUCAGCCACCAUCCCAGACCAAGACUUGUUCCCGCUGAACGGGUCUGCCUUGGAGAACCACCUGGAGAAUGAUGCGUUCUCAGACAAGUCAGAGCGAGAGAAUGCUGAAGACUCAGAUGCCGAGACCCAGGAUCACAGCCGCAAGACCAACGAGAGUGGGAGUGACCCGCUGGACAGCCCUGGUGGGCCACAGAGGGGAACUACCUAUGUGGAGCAGGUCCAGGAGGAGCUGGGAGAGCUGGAUGAGACGUCCCAGGUGGAGACAGUGUCAGAGGAAAACAAGAGCCUGAUGUGGGUGCUGCUGCGACAGCUGCGGCCCGGCAUGGACCUGUCACGUGUGGUGCUGCCCACCUUCGUGUUAGAGCCUCGUUCCUUCCUCAGCAAGCUCUCAGAUUACUACUACCAUGGGGACCUGCUCUCCAGGGCAGUGGCAGAGGAGGACCCCUACCGUCGCAUCAAGCUUGUGCUACGGUGGUACCUGUCUGGCUUCUACAAGAAGCCCAAGGGCAUCAAGAAACCCUAUAACCCCAUCCUGGGGGAGACCUUUCGCUGCCGCUGGCUGCACCCUCAGACCAACAGCCACACCUUCUACAUAGCAGAACAGGUGUCCCACCAUCCUCCUGUGUCCGCCUUCUAUGUCAGCAACCAGAAAGACGGCUUCUGCAUGAGCGGCAGCAUCACGGCAAAGUCUAGGUUCUAUGGGAACUCACUGUCAGCGCUUCUGGAUGGCAAGGCCAAGCUCAUCUUCCUGAACCGCAAGGAGGAGUACACCCUCACCAUGCCCUAUGCCCACUGCCGAGGGAUCUUGUACGGCACCAUGACCAUGGAGCUGGGGGGCAAAGUGACCAUUGAGUGCAAGAAGAACGACCUCCAGGCUGAACUGGACUUCAAGCUCAAGCCUUUCUUUGGGAGCAACAACAGCAUCAACCAGAUCUCUGGGAAGAUCAUGUCAGGGGAGGAAGUCCUGGCACGCCUCACUGGACACUGGGAUAAAGAUGUGUUUAUCAAGGAAGAGGGCAGUGGAGGCACCGAGCUCUUCUGGACUCCGAGUGAGGAGGUCCGCAGGCAGCGGCUGAAGCGGCACACGGUGCUGUUGGAAGAGCAGAGUGAGCUGGAGUCCGAGAGGCUCUGGCAACACGUCACCAGAGCCAUCCAUGAGGGUGACCAGCACAAAGCCACACAGGAGAAGUCUGUGCUGGAAGAGGCACAGCGGCAGCGUGCCCGUGAGCACCAGCAGAGCCUCACUCCAUGGAAGCCACAGUUGUUCCACCUGGACCCACUCACCCAGGAAUGGCGCUAUCGCUAUGAGGACCACAGCCCCUGGGACCCCCUGAAGGACAUCGUCCAAUAUGAGCAAGAUGGGAUUCUUCACACUCUACAGAGGGAGACUGUGUCUGGCCAGACAACCUUCCUGGGAAGCCCAGGGUCUAGGCACAAGGGGCCUGGCUCUGACCGGAGGCUCCGCAAAGCCAGUGACCAGCCCUCUGGAAAUAGCCAGGUCACCGAGAGCAGCGGCUCCACACCUGAGUCCUGCCCAGACCUCUCUGACGAGGACUUUGUUCCUGGUAGUGAGAGCCCAUGUCCUCGGUGCAGACGAGAGGCACACCGGCUACUGAUGCUACAGGAGGCAGUGCUGUCCAUUCGGGAAGCUCAGCAAGAGCUGCAUAGGCACCUCUCAGCCAUGUUGAGCUCUACAGUGCGUGCUGGGCAGGCGCCGGCCCCCAGCCUCCUGCAGAACCCCCGCUCCUGGUUCCUGCUCUGCAUCUUCCUGACAUGUCAGCUAUUCAUUAACUAUAUAUUCAAAUAAGAGCCCUUGGGAUCAGCAAGGUGAUGCCUGCAGAACUCCCUCCUAGGCACCCAGCACUUUACACCAGCCUGCAGAGGCAGUGAGGCCCACAGGCAUGGCCACUGGGACAGAAGGGUCCUCAUACCAGAGGAUGACAGUGGGACCUGGGGCUAUGAGGGUGCUGUGACCCAGGUGUAGGACCCUCCAGGGAGCACUGGCCUCUCCUACAGGGCCCUCCACCUAGCACCAGCCUUAAUGCUAAAGCCAAAUGCAGUUUCUGCCCAGUGUGCCCCU